CAUGGCCCCUCCGGACUCGGCCCCUGCGCCCGGGGCCCGGGCCCAGCCCCGCCGCGCUAUGCCUGAGUCGGGCGCGCCCCGACCCGCGCCCCGCCGCCGCCCCCCGGCCCCCGCGUCGCCCCGGAGCCCGGGCCGCAACCUGCGCCGCCCGCAGCGGCCCUGAGCCCGGCCCCGCCGCCCGGCCCUUGCAGCCUGCACGCUGCCCGGGGACGAAGGCGCAGGAAACGCGCGGGGAACGAGACCGAAGGAAGAAGCGGGAAGACGAGCGCAGCCGCCGCUGGGCCCUGCGCGCCCCGGGAGCGCCGCGCGGCCCUGCCCGCGGGCUCCGGGUGUCCGCGGGGCGGCGCCGCGGAACAUGACGGCGCCCUGGGCCGCCCUCGCCCUCCUCUGGGGAUCGCUGUGCGCGGGUUCCGGGCGUGGGGAGGCCAAGACCCGGGAGUGCAUUUACUACAACGCCAACUGGGAGCUGGAGCGCACCAACCAGAGCGGCCUGGAGCGCUGCGAGGGCGAGCAGGACAAGCGGCUGCACUGCUACGCCUCCUGGCGCAACAGCUCAGGCACCAUCGAGCUCGUCAAGAAGGGCUGCUGGCUGGACGACUUCAACUGCUAUGACAGGCAGGAGUGUGUGGCCACCGAGGAGAACCCCCAGGUGUACUUCUGCUGCUGUGAAGGCAACUUCUGCAACGAGCGCUUCACCCACUUGCCAGAGGCUGGGGGCCCAGAAGUCACGUACGAGCCACCCCCGACAGCCCCCACCCUGCUCACGGUGCUGGCCUACUCGCUGCUGCCCAUUGGGGGCCUCUCCCUCAUCGUCUUGCUGGCCUUCUGGAUGUACCGGCAUCGCAAGCCCCCCUACGGCCACGUGGACAUCCACGAGGACCCUGGGCCUCCACCUCCAUCCCCUCUGGUGGGCCUGAAGCCACUGCAGCUGCUGGAGAUCAAGGCCCGGGGGCGCUUUGGUUGUGUCUGGAAGGCACAGCUCAUGAAUGACUUUGUGGCUGUCAAGAUCUUCCCGCUCCAGGACAAGCAGUCAUGGCAGAGCGAACGGGAGAUCUUCAGCACACCCGGCAUGAAGCAUGAGAACCUGCUGCAGUUCAUCGCCGCUGAGAAGCGAGGCUCCAGCCUUGAGGUGGAGCUGUGGCUCAUCACAGCUUUCCAUGACAAGGGCUCCCUCACGGAUUACCUCAAGGGGAACAUCAUCACGUGGAACGAACUGUGUCACGUGGCAGAGACCAUGUCAAGAGGCCUCUCAUACCUUCAUGAGGAUGUGCCCUGGUGCCGUGGCGAGGGCCACAAGCCGUCUAUUGCCCACAGGGACUUUAAAAGCAAGAAUGUAUUGCUCAAGAGCGACCUCACAGCCGUGCUGGCUGACUUUGGUCUGGCUGUUCGGUUUGAGCCAGGGAAACCGCCGGGGGACACUCAUGGGCAGGUGGGCACGCGGCGUUACAUGGCCCCUGAGGUGCUUGAGGGAGCCAUCAACUUCCAGAGAGAUGCCUUCCUGCGCAUCGACAUGUAUGCCAUGGGGCUGGUGCUGUGGGAGCUUGUGUCGCGCUGCAAGGCCGCGGACGGACCCGUGGACGAGUACAUGCUGCCCUUUGAGGAAGAGAUUGGCCAGCACCCAUCACUGGAGGAGUUGCAAGAGGUGGUCGUGCACAAGAAGAUGCGGCCCGCCAUUAAGGAUCACUGGCUGAAGCACCCGGGCCUGGCCCAGCUCUGUGUAACCAUCGAGGAGUGCUGGGACCACGACGCGGAGGCUCGCCUGUCUGCGGGCUGCGUGGAGGAGCGCGUGUCCCUGAUCCGGAGGUCGGUCAACGGCACUACCUCGGACUGUCUUGUCUCCCUGGUGACCUCCGUCACCAACGUGGACCUGCCCCCUAAGGAGUCGAGCAUCUAAGCCCAGGACACGAGUGGAUCUGAAGAGGAAAGGAAAAACAAGUUGUGUUUUGUUUUGGAAAAACCGUGACACCAACAAACACAUAAAAUGCAGCUGCUAUUUUACCUUGACUUUUUAUUAUUAUUAUAAUUAUUAUAAUUAUUAUUAUUAAUAUUAUUUUUGGGAUUGGAUCAGUUUUUACCAGCACAUUGCUCUACUGUAUCGCAAACAGCGGGCACGUCAGCAGGCGUUGAGGUGCUGAGCUGUGAAUGCAGAGCCAGCGCCAUGCUGAAGAGCCUCAGCCACCUCCUGUCCCUUGGGGUUCAUUUUUCCCGCUUUCUCUUUGUCUGUUGUCUCAGAAUCUGUGACACAAAGAAACCCAUCUCCUGUCUUAGGAAACUUAAUGCUGCAAACUCUACCUGGAGGAACCUUUGAAGACUGUUACAUAAGAACACACCUUCCUCCGAGGAGGACUCUCCCCCUGCCCUCACCCCCUUCUCCGCUCCCUUUUAUUGUUUCUCUCCCUUUUUAGACAGCGAGUUUAAGAAACAGCAGACGUGUCUUUCACGGAUUAACGGGUGUUGCCCUGACCGAGGCGGAGCUGGGCUGAGGACGCGGAUGGUUUGGACCGGAGUCGGAAGGGGAGGGCAGGGCUGGGGAUGGGGUUUGGAGCAGAGCGACACUGGACUCGGGCACAGCGGAGCAACAUCCUUUGCUAGGAGGCUGCUUCUCAGGUAACCAGGAAUCGAGGGGAAGGACCGUGUGGAGGCCGCGCGCUCACGGCCGGAGCGGGGUCUGGAGAAAGCCUGAGAGCGGGUGCGGCUCUGACCCGGUUUCUCCCCCUGCCUCGGGCUUGGGCGCUGGACAAAACAUUUUCUCUGCCCUGAUUUUAAGGUUAGGUGAGGGUAGAAAUCCUCAUGCUUCAGUGACUACGUUCUUCUUAAGACGAUGCUGUAAAUACGUGUGAUGGAGGAAGAAGUUAAAACACGUGGCUUCCUCCCGGAACAGUUCAGGGAGAUGCCCACGGGGCGCCCCGCACAGCCAGGGCAAGAAGAUUCCCUGGGUGGGGCUGCCACCUGAGAGUCCUGCGGCGCUGGCUCUGCCCUGUGUGGUGACACUGCUGUCCCUUUACGUGGCUCGUGCGCACGGCUUUCUCCAGACCCCUCGAAGAGGUGCAUAUUCUAAGAACCGUUUCUCUAUUAUGCCAUAACCUUGCUCUAGUCAGUGAAUGUUCCUAAUGCUGCUGUUUCAACAUUUGAAUUUUUUUAAUUUAUGAAACAUGCAAAUUUUUUUAAAAACGAAACACACGUCCGCAUAUACACACAUGCUUUGCUAUGUGGCUUCCGGGGUUUAAAUUUUGAAAAGUAAAAAGAAUGAAAACUUCACGACCACAGACCACCUCAAACCAGAAAUACCUCAGAAUUUUCUACUUGUGUAAGUUUUAUUAUAUAUUUUAUUAGUUGUGUUGUCUCGUAGUAAGUAUAUUUUAACGUAAGUUGGCUUUUAUGACAAGGAAGUUUGGAAGAAAUAGAGAAAAAGAAAAAAAGUUUGAGUCUUCUAGGGAGUGCCAGCAUUUUUGUUUGAUAACGCCCUCUUGUAAAUAAUUGUCAUCAACUGUCGGUUGGCCGUCUGGGCCGUGUGGGCAUUCGUCACUCUUGUUUGUGAAGGCUUUUCCCUCUGGUUUCUUGAGACUUUUAUUUAAAAACUGGAUCUUUUUCAUCCUGAGGGUAGGCGAGUUGGUGAGGUUUUGGGGAGAGGUUGACCGGGGUGAGAAUGGGAGAGGGGUGCCUCCUCUUGACUUACCUGGAGGUUCACAUCUUUCCCUCGACCCGAUUGGUCAGUGUUCAGAAUGACAGGUAACCCCACUUUCACUCGGUCAGACCGUGGCCCUUAGACCCGCUUGAGGUAAUUUUCCCCGGGCGGCAGUGAUAGCGGAGGGGGCGGGCAGCACCGCGGCGACUCGGGGCAGCCUGUGACGGAGCAGCGUGUCCAGAGUGGGGAGUCCUCGCUGCGGCCUGGGGUCGCGGUCUGAGAGCACACGCUCCCCACUCCGCACGCCGUGUGCCUCUGGGGCCUGCCGCUUGGCCGUGUCCUUUGCUCUGCAUGUUUGGGCACAGGGUGCUGUGGGAGGUGACUUUGUGGCCCUCCCAGAGCUCUGUUUUUGCUUCAUGGGCCAGGCUGUGAGCUGGCCAAGGUGGUUACAGGGACGGGUCUUUUGUCGUCGUCGUUGCUGUUGGGUUUUUUUUUUUUUUUUUUUUUGGUAAGCUGUGUUGUCUUUUUUUUUUUUUCUUUUUCUUAUUUUCUUUUUCUUUCUUUUUUUUCUUUAAAAACUAUUUUGUGCUGUGGUAUUUUUCUUCCCUCGGAAUAAUUUUUAACAGCAAAACCGGCCUUACAGCAGUUGCUUUUCUUUUCCACUUAUUUCUUUAAAAAGCUUUAAAAUAUUUAUUGAAAAGUGCCAUAUCUAAUUUCUUUAGCUUUCACCUCAGGCAGUGCGUCUCUACUUUUCCGGCAUCUGCUUUUCACCCUCCGAAACCAACAAACCGCUAACGUAUGUAGCUGAUUCCCUCAUUCUAGCCAGUGUGGGACACGAAACCCCUGCCUCUCCAUUUGUUUUCAGAUUUUGUGUGGGUGAGUUUUCUUUCGUGUACCGGCUUGAUCCUUGUGAGAACCAGUUUGGGCCUGGCCGUGAAGGGUUGGGCCGUGGCCCAGGCGUGGGACCUGCUGGUCAGGACGCAGUACAGACAGGGCAGGCCUUCCUGUUGGCCUACAGGCCUUUUCUCUGGGUGGGCUCCCUCUUUGCUGACCCUGGGCUCCGCUGCUGUGGUGGCUUUGGGGUCCUGGCACCAGAGUGAAGUGUCGAGAUGGUUCCUGUGUGGUGCGGGGGGUCUCGGGGGACCAGUUCUUUGGGCUUCAGGCUGCCUUUCCCUCGUGCUGCGUCGUAAAACGUACCCAUCAGGCAGCAUCCCUGACUGCUGCCAAUGGCAGAAAGAGAAAAAAGAUCUUUUUCCGGGGCACGCCCCUCAGAGCCUGGGUGGGUCUUUUGCCUCAGAUAAAGUGUCUGCUGUCAUGUAUCCUCUGGGGAGCGAACCACUUUAGAGCUCUGGUUUGUGUUUAUCGGGUUGCAGGGCCUCUGCCUGUGCUCUUUUCCACAAAGAUGUCACGCAACGUCCACUUCUGGGGAGCUCAGAGAACCACUCCCCCUCACCCCCCGAGCUCUUGUGGAGACUGGUGGGAAUGGAGGCCGGCAUCAUUUUCCCUGUCUGUGGGAGAGGCUGCCCCAUCUAGGGUGGGAGGGUGGCCCAGUCAGGGGAGAGAAGUGGCCGAAGAUCCUUGCUCCUUCCUUUCUAGUGUUCUUCCAUCCACACAGGCUCCUGGCUGUAGGCUGCUCUUUGGGGGACAGUGGAUGAUUCGAAAGCACACACGAUCACUGGGAAGACAUCCUGAGCCAGAGAAAUACGGGAAUGAGCAAGAGGAGGAGGAA